CGCGCCGCGGUCAGACGCGCAGGUUAAAAAAAAUCCGCGCAAGCGCGGAGGCGGCGGAAAAACGCGGGAGCCGCGAAUUAUUGACAAGAUGAUUGUUUGUUUAAUUUAAAAACAUGUGAAACAAUUAAAAAAAAUAGAUUGUGAUGGUUAUUAAGUUGGUUAAAUAGUGUGCAAUAAAAUUUAAAAUUAAGGUUAAUUUAGUUAGUAGGUGUUUCUAAAUACUAAGGCAAUAUGAAGCUGCCAGACCCGAAGCGAAUGCUCGGCAGCAUAUUUCCAAUACUCCAAUGGUCGAAGAGUUAUAACCUCGGGACGGGUGUCGGUGACCUGAUAGCUGGGAUCACUGUGGCUCUGACGCUUAUACCUCAGUCUAUAGCCUAUGCGUCGCUCGCUGGAUUAGAACCACAGUACGGUUUAUACGCAUCACUGCUCGGCGGAUUCGUGUACGGGAUCACGGGCACGUGCCCUCAGAUAAACAUCGGGCCCACAGCGCUGCUGUCGCUACUGACGUUUACGUACACGAACGGCACGAGUCCGGACUUCGCCGUGCUCUUGUGUCUGACGUCGGGGCUCGUGCAGCUGGUCGCUGGCACGUUGCAGCUUGGUUUCCUCGUGGAAUUCGUCUCGCUGCCAGUCGUCUCUGGCUUCACAUCCGCAGCCGCAGUAACCAUCGCCUCAUCGCAAGUCAAGGGCUUAUUAGGGCUCAAGUUCAGCGCCGAGACAUUCCUAGCUACUUGGAAGGAACUGUACCGUCAUAUAGGAGACACGAGGUUACCUGAUACACUGCUCAGUUUAGCGUGCUGCAUCGUGCUGUUAGGUAUGAAGGCCCUAAAGGACAUUCGCAUCGGUGUAAAAGACAGUGAAAAAAGUCAAAAAGGGGUCGUUUUCAUACAGAAGAGCUUGUGGUUCGCCGGGGUGUCGAGAAACGCGGUGGUGGUCAUCCUCGCUGCCGCUGUCGCCUUCUUUGUUUAUUUGGAUGUUGGAGACCCGUUGAUAUUGACAGGUAAAAUAACGCCGGGCCUGCCAAAACCACAAGUGCCCCCGUUCCACACGACGGUCGGGAACGUCACCGUCUCCGCGGGCGGCAUGCUGGCGCAGCUCGGCUCUGGGUUGCUGGUCGUCCCUCUAGUGGGGAUCAUCUCUAAUGUUGCCAUCGCUAAGGCAUUUUCAAACGGCAAAACGUUGGACGCAACACAAGAGAUCAUAGCUCUCGGCGUUUGCAAUGUGGUGGGUGCUUUCUUCCGCUCUUUCCCCGUUAACGGUUCCUUCACUCGAAGUGCCGUGAGCGACGCUUCGGGCGUACGCACCCCCGCCGCUGGAUUCGUUACCGGAAUAAUAGUGCUAUUGACUCUGGCACUACUAACCCCGUACUUCUACUUCAUCCCUCGGGCAGCCCUGUCCGCCGUGAUCGUGUGCGCCGUGCUACAUAUGGUCGACAUCGACAUCAUUAAGAAACUGUGGAGGUCCAGCCGACUAGAUAUAAUCCCUUUGCUGGGUACAUUUGUGUGCUGCCUUGCGCUCGGGAUAGAGAUCGGUCUGAUCUGCGGCGUGGGCAUCGACGUCCUUUUGCUCUUGUACUACAACUCCCGACCACCUCUCGACGUGAAAUAUAUUGAGGAAGAAAAUCUCCCACCACAUUAUUCUAUCCACCCAGUGGGCAAUCUCCAUUUUGCUGGAGCGGAAAAAGUGAGAUUAAAGCUCUCUUCGCUGAAAAAUGAUAAUAAAGCGACAUUAAAGCAACUAACUAUCGUACCUGGAGCUAAUGACAGUGUUUUAUCAAACGGAGCUGUGAGCCAGUGCAAUGGCGGUGCAAGUAAUGCGACAGGAAGAGAUACUGCUGGCCGGAGGUCGAGUGUACUUGUGAUACAUUGCGACUGUUUGUAUAGAUUAGACUAUACAUUUUUACAGAGUAUGAAGAUGUUAGUGACAGAGUGGUCACGCAGUGGACUCGUGGUGUGGUGCGACGCGCUUCCUCUAGUGAGAGAUCAGCUAAGAGCUGUUCUACCUGACGCCGUGUUUUGUGAUACUCAGCAGUUACCAGUAGUUCUUGCAGACGCUCGCUCAUCAGGCGACCACUCGGGCGUUAGUGAUACUCAACUUUAGUGCUUCGUCUAGCUUAGUGUCAAGUUAGAUGAUAAAUAAUAUUGUGUUGUGCUGUGACUUAUACAAUUUUAUCGUAUACUUAUAUGAAUUUUGAAUUUUAACCAGUGAUCUAGUGGCUGAACUUAACAUCAUGGGGGAGUCUAAAGCUCACAGACUCCGUUGGUUGGGCCAUCUUGAGAGAAUGGAUGAAGAUCGGAACGUGAAAAGAGCGUACCUGGGCCGCCCAGUAGGAGGACGUCCUAUCGGACUCCCCAGCCUCGCUGGGGCGACAUGGUGGAGGCGGAUCUGCGCGAACUUCAAGUCAACAUAUGGCGAGAGGUCGCACAGAACCGAGAAAAGUGGCGCUGCCUUGUUAGUGUAGUAAAUAAAGGUAGUGGACCCCGCAGUAAUUCCUCAGCCUGAAAAAACUUUACAGUAUGAUAAAGUAUCAAUAAAUAAAAAGUAUUGUAUAAAUUUCCAAAUAAUAAUAAUAAUAGAAUUAAAGUAAAUACCUAAAGUCUUAAAUCGUUAAUAUCUUUUUACGGAAAAAUGCUCCGUUCAAACUUUCUUCGCCAGACAUAUUCAUGUAACUUAUUGCAACAAUAUAUGAAAUAUCAAAAAAAUAUCCCAGCAGAAAUACCAGUAUUAAUAAAAUAAAUUUUUUUGGCGUGGCGUUGGAUUUUUUUACCCACUACGCCAAAUUAUAUUCCUAAGAUCAUAUAAGAAGAAAAAAAUGACAGAGCAAUUUUCCCAUGAAAAUGAGCGUCAAAAAAAGGAAGUAUCAUAAAAAAAUAUUCUCAUGUUUGACAAAACUUUUAGAUUUUUUUCUAGUAUCACAUACUGAUACAAAUAACUUAUUUUGUAAAAUAAUUUUGGACUGAGGAAUUACUCGGUUCAAUAUAUAAUCAGAUUUGUGUUUUUACCUAACUUAGGAGAUUGUUUUUUUUGGAUAUUUAUAAUGUUAGUCUCGGCUCAUACUAUACAAUAACCAAGCUAAAUUUCAUCGACUGAGAAAUUAAUGCAUGGGUCUCCAUUAGACAUGUGCGCCGAUGGCAAAAUCAUCGGCGGCGGCGUCCGAUGAUUUUUUGACCGGCGGCGGCGGCGUGAUCGGCGUGAAAUCGGCGUGGCAUAAUUUUUGAUACUUCAUGAGAACGUGGCUUUAGAAACUCUAUAUUAAAGCCUUCUGAGUAUUUACUAGGCUCUACAAAACAUAUUAUGUGUGUUUUCUAAAUUAUUGCCAAAUAUUAUAUCCCAUCAGGUCAUUUGGCAACCAAUUCUUACCAACCUUCGGUUUACGUUUAUAAUACUAACGGUAUCUAUGUUUUUUUUUCUUUUUUUUGUAUAAUAAAUAAAUAAAUAUAGGACAUUCUUAUACAGAUUGACUAAGUCCCACAGUAAGCUCAAGACGGCUUGUGUUGUGGGUACUCCGACAACGAUAUAUAUAAUAUAUAAAUACUUAAAUACAUAGAAAACAACCAUGACUCAGGAACAAAUAUCUAUGUCAUCACCCAAAUAAGUUCCCUUACUGGGAUUCGAACCCAGGACCAUCGGCUUCACAGGCAGGGUCACUAGCCACUAGGCCAGACCCGUCGUCAUUUUUAAUCAUGUUUAAAUAUUAAUAUAAAACGAUUAAAAAUGACACCUUAAAACGCUACAUUUUUGGGAGUAUAAUGACUUUGUAAGCGUAGUACAAAUAAAACACAAAAAAAUGUCUUUAUAAGUUAAGUCCUAAGUUAAAAAACAAAAACUAUAUUGACUUUUCCCAGCCGCUGUCGCCUCACCUUUUAAUUUGUUACGAAAUAAUGAACUACCUACUUUACAUUUAUCUGACUGGAGUUUAUCAGAAAUGUAUGUUAGAAUAAAGAAUAUAUAUAAAGAUGUUGUCGUUUUCGAAAGUAAACGUCUCUGGCAGGUUGAUUCUCUCAAUGCCUUAGAAGUGUCCCGUAUUGCAUGGUACUUGCAGGCGAAAACCCGCGUGUCUUCAGACCUACAUACUGCGAGCCACUACCCAAAGAUUUGAUAGACGAGCCCUCAGACGGAAAAUUUAAGAGUCGCUCUAAAAACUUUUUAUGAGAUAGGUAAUACAUUGUAUUUCAUAAAAGAGUUUUAUGGAAUAUUAAGGUUUACUUUGUUUUCUUAAUUGCAAGCUUAAUGAUAACCCUUGGUGAUUUAAGUUCCUAUAAGUAUAACUAGAGUUUUAUAAUAUUGAUUGAAAUAUAUAUUGUAAAGUAAAAGAAGCUGAUAAUCACCAUAAAAUGACUAAGAAUAAAAUUGAUCUUGUGUAAUUUUAAAUUAUAUAUUAUGUGAUAAAUAAAUCAGCGUAAAGUGAAAUAUCAUAUGAUGACCUUUAUGCGUGUCAACAUCAGCAUCACACGAAAAAUCAUAAAAUAAGCAAUUUUAAUCGUGGUGACAGCUGGAUGGAGAUUCUAAGAUGAAAAUAGCAUGUUUAUGUCCUAGAAUAUGAACUGGUAUUUUCUUGACAUUAGUUCACUGAUUAAAUUGACAAUCAAAAGACUAUUAAUGUAAAACAAACUGCGUUCUAUAAAAAAGCUGUGCGAUAAAACAUCAAAAUAUAAACUGUAAUCCAGAAAUUAGAUCUUGUUUAAAUUAACGCUAAAUCGUUAUCACAGCUAACACCGCAACGACAAAAAUGAUGCUAAUUGAUUUCACUGGCAAAUAAUAAGCGAAAAAGCGUAAGGAUUUUUAAAUUAUAAGUACCUCUGACACUAUCUAGUCACUACGCAACAUGCAAUAAUACACGAUAGGUAUCAAAAUUUUUCACGCCGAUUAUACGCCGGUCAAAUUUAUCGGCGGCGGCGGCGUGGAAAAAUCGUCGGCGGCGGCGGCGCGGCGGCGCGGCGCACAUUUCUAGUCUCCAUACAACAACUUGCUUCAUUUACUACCCUAUGUGUCGGAGGCCAAGUCUCAUUUUGGGUCGCUGAGCCAACGGAGUAAGUAAGUACAACCAGUGACCAUUAGCGUUAAACAUUAUGCUCAGAAUGUUAUUAAUUUAAGGAAUCUCUAGAAAAAUUUAAGGUUAGGAUGUCAGCUGCGUUACUGAUGCAACAUUAUUGCAGCGGCGUUGAUAUCACGGUUGACUGUCAAUUUCCUUGAUAAAUUGUAUGAAGUUCGCCGUCGAAUUACUGUCACGAUUAUGACGUUCAAUCAGUCAGUCAUUUUACUAAAUAAAUUGACAGAUUCAGCGCCCGCGUCAAGGUCGCAGUGGUAAUGUCGCAACAGUAACGCAGCUGCUGUCAACUCGAAUGUCACUUUUACCGUACCUACCCAAUACUUAAGGAUUUUGAAGUCUAAUUUCUGGUUGUGAAUUAUAAGCAUCUACACCGAUCAGUGAUUAAUAUUACAGGUUAUUUAGUUACCAUAGUAUAUAAUACGUGAACAUUUUCGGCAACAUCAUUUUAUUGACAGUGAUGUAUCUGUUGUAGUGUGAUGCAAUCUGUGACCUGGCUCCAAUUUCACCACGGCUACAAUUGUCAGUGACAUAUGUCGAGCGACAAUUGUCAAGCGACAGGUGACAUAUUACAAUUUUAUAAAAUAUUUUCUAUAGAAAUACUUACAAACAUGACAGGCAUUUUGCUACAAUUGUAUGUAUUACAAUUAUGUUGUGAAACAAGAAUUAUUUUUUCUAGUCGACAUAUUUGUAGAAUUGUCGGUGAAUCUUGACAGGAAAUGAGUUAUAUGUCGGAAUUUCGUGACAGUUGUAGUGUUUCUUGUGACAAUUGUCAUAAACUUAGCAAGAGAAAUAUCUGUUUUUUUCCGAUAUAAUAAAGUUUUUUUUAAUAAUACGAUGAUGGUGGCAAACAGGAAUACGGCCCGCCCGAUGGUAAGCGGUAACCUUAGCCCAUGGAUGCCUGUGACGUCAGCAACAGUGAUGUUUUACAAUUGUCGCACCUGUCACCGUGGUGAAAUUGGGGCCUGAUGAUUCAUAAGAUUUUUUUUAAUGAAUAGGUUUAUUACAUAAGUAUGUGUUGAGUUUGAUGAAUUUAAUAAAUAUAAGAUAUAAAUAUAAAUAUUUUAUAAAGGUCCAUGAAAUAUUAGGCUAAAUUAGAUACCAAUCAAAUUAAAGCUUUAUAAUUUGAUACGAAUACGAUAAAGUGAUACUGUUUUUUUUCUCGUAAGCUAGUUGUAGAGCUUAUAGUAGUAGUGGUUUUUCAGGGGCAACAAUGUAUCAAUGCUAGUGAUUAAUUAAAUAACGACUCACGAUUGUUAUCGAUAUCGAUACCAAACUAUUUCAAUCAAAAUAAAAAAAAAAUCGUAACUUGGUGUUUUCGUCCAGGGGGGCGAUUUUUGAAUAUCGAUCGCUCGAUUUCGUCACUCGAAAAUUGUUGAAAAACGGCGAAAUGCUUAUUUUUGAAAUACGAGCGAUAGAAAUUUGGAAUUUGGUAUUGUCCACUCGUUUUUAAAUAGUAGAAUUUAAAUGCAUAGUACUGGAGAUAUUAUUUAACGAAAUACACGAAAUCGAGGGGUCGAAUUUCAAAAAUCGGUUCCAGUUCCCUCGUUAGUCGUAGUUAGUCGGUAGUUCGUCGUUAGUACAUUCGACAGCGUGACGUCACGUACGCGUUUGCGUUAAGACACAUAUUGUAUGAGAUUUUGAGUUUCCAAAACGCUUGGCGCGCUGUUCAAAAUCCCAUACAAAAAUAGACAUUACGCAAAUGCGAACCCCUUGUCACGCUAUCUAAUGAAAUCACUAGGGGUUCUUGUGUAUAUUUAUAUGUAAAUCUAUAGUUACUGUCAACUAAACAACUAAAUCAGUAACAAUAUCUAAGUCGUCAGCAUCAAUGCAUAAAUAAUUUAUAACUUUGUAUGUAUUUAACUUUACAUAAUUGCUCAAUUGCUAAUAUUUGUAUAUAAUUUGCGAGCCAAUCCGCAAUAUUGUUUGGUUAGGUCUCCAUAUUUUACAAAGCAAACUGUGAUCCCACUGAUCUUUCUUAUUAUAAAUCCAUUCGUGCGAAAUAUUUAAAUACCUACAAGAAUGUGAACAAUGUACAUAUUAAGUUUUUCUUUAUAAUUAUUAAGCCUUUUAUUCCUUAAAUAUAUAAUACUACAUUUAAUUUUUUUUUUAAUUUCUAAUGUAGGGCCCUUUUUGGGUAUAGGCCUCCUCCAAUCCUUUCCAGUAUAUCCUAACUUUUGCAUCUUGG